AUGACUCAAGGACAUUUACUUAAAUUGCUCUGUUCCAAUCAAGUGAAAAAGAUUGCACAUGACUGCCGGCUUGAUAGCGGAGCUCUGUACAAGCAUUACAAUGCUGUUCUGAGCAAUGUUUUUGAUACACAGAUGGCCCACAUUCUAAUCAAUGUCAGAAAUGGGAGUGACAGUUGGUGGGACCCUGCACGUGCUUCUUUAAAGACACUCUGUUUCAUAUAUAAUGUUCCUUUGUUGGCAUCACUUAAGGACUCAGUAAAAUACUCUAUGACACAGAAUGAUUCCUUCUGGUCAGAGCGUCCCCUUACUGAUCGCAUGGUAAAUUAUGCUGCUGCAGAUGCUGCACAACUUAUUCCUUUAUACAGUAAAAUAUUGCCGCUUCUUUCUGAAUCUGAUCGUGGUUUAAUGUGUCAGCUGAGUAAGGAACAAAUCUACACAAUGAUUGAUGGAGAUUGGGUACGUAGCAUCCAAAGCUUUAGGAAAGGCAAAGAACUUCAUGAAAGGCUCAAACAGCUUCCAGAUCUUCCUUUAAGUAAGCAACAAAGAAAGUUGUUAAACCGCUACAGACAUUUAGUUUCUAUUCCUCAGGCUCCACCUGCUCAACCAACUUUGAGGGACAUAUGA